UCCCUUGUUUAUUUCCUUCGUGUCGGCGAUGGUGAAUGAAUUGACAUGUGGCUCCUUUUUUUUACAAGAAGCAAUCAAGAUGGAACUUGUGUGAACGUAAAUCAAGAUGGAACUUGUGUGAACGUAACAGGAUAAUAACUUCUUUGUUUUUUUUUUUGUUUUUUCUUGAAUUCAGUUCAAGAUUUCGAUAUGUAUUAAUUUAAUACUUUUGAAUCCUAAACCCUCAAAAAAAAAUGAUUUGUAAGAGCAGAGAAUAAUCUGAAUCACAAACCCACCUACACCAAGAAAAAAUUCCUAAAUAUUCACUACUACACAUAUAUAAACAUGUAUGUAUAGAUAAAUUCAUCGAAUCUUGAACCUGUAUCUGUAAAUCUGCAUUAAAACCCACAAAUAAAAAUGGCGAAUGCGUUCUUCAGAAUGGGUCCUUGGUUUCACAGAAAGAUCGUUGAUCCCCUUCUCCAAAUCCUCCGCAGGGGCGCGGAGCCGAAGCAAUUGGCCUUCUCUGCUGCUGUUGGCAUCAGUUUGGGAGUAUUUCCUAUAUGUGGGGUCACUGUCUUUCUGUGUGGGUUGGCUAUUGCGGUGCUUGGAUCUCAUUGUCAUGCUCCAACUGUGAUGCUCGCUAACUUUAUUGCUACUCCAAUAGAAUUGAGUCUGAUGGUCCCUUUCUUACGCCUUGGUGAAGUUAUUACUGGUGGACCUCAUUUCCUAUUAACUUCUGAUGCUUUCAAGAAGGUGUUGACUGGUCAAGCUUCCAAGGAAGUUCUACAAAGCAUUUUGCAUGCGGUUUUUGAUGGAUUCUAAAAAUUCCUUGGUACAUUGGUCUAUCUUAGACAUAUCCUUGUGAUCACGGUGAACCUACAGGUGAUCAACAUUGAGGCGGUGCAGUCAAGAAACUUGCGAUUCUGAAAACUGAGGCUACGAGUGAAUGAUUCUGUGGUUAUUAGUAGUGAAUAAUAGGAUGAGAAUUGGCCCACUAGAAUAUAUGCUUUGAUUAGGAGAAAAAAGAUAAAUUAACAUGCAAGACCUCACAAUGGCCCAACAGGUCUUGUAGUAGGUGUCACUUGACAUGAGUCUAGUUUUUGGAUGGGUUUGGUCAAACCCACCGGUUUCUAGCUCUCUUUAAGUUGCAAAAGCUGCAAUAUGUAUUACCUGGGGUAUUAUUAUAGUGUGGAAGCUCAUGGGUGGAGUAAUUCUAUGGUUUUUUAUUUUUAAAUUUAGGUUACUAGGGUAUUAGGAUAUAAGUUCUAUCAUGUUCUACACUUAUUUGAAAUCUGUUGAGUUUUAAUUAGUUUGUAGUAGGAAUUAGGAAAUCCUUUUCCUAUUGGGAAAGUUAUUAUGGUUCUGUACUAACAAGCUUUUUUAAUAGACAACAAAACAAGUUUGAUUACUAAAAUUUCCUAAUGUAUUCUAGUUUUCUUUCAGAUGUUGUCUCCAUUGGUUUCUUUUGAAUAACUCAUAGGAGGCCUGAUGUAGGGCGGCUUGCUGGAUUUUUAGACAAAAGUUAUUCAAUAGCUCAAAUAGUGAGUAAUUUAGGAUUUCGAGGUGAUAGGAUUGGGUUUUAAGAUUGAAAAGUGCACUUUUAGUGGGUUGUGACCCGAGAAUAGUAUCUUGGGUAUGUGUACAAAGAAGAAGAAAGAGAAGUAGUAGUAGAAGAAGAAGAAGAAGAAGAAGAAGAAGAAGAAGAAGAAGAAAAGAGAGAAAAAGGUGCUUCACCCUUACAAGGGUUAGGCCAAUCACACAAAUAAAAUCUCAAAUUUUCAUAAUGUCAACUCUUUCAUUGAAUAAUUGAAAUUACACAUAUAUUUAUAGGCAAAGACUCCUACUUCUAUAAGGAUUAGAACUCAAAUUUAGAAACUAAAAGUAUUUGGCAACUACUAAUAAUCUAGACCAACAAAGACUAUGACUUUGGUGGUGUUUGAUAACCUAAUUUAACACUUAAAACUGAAUGUAUUAAGUGAAAAUCAAUUAAGUACGUUUGAUAAUCAUAAAUGGUAUCACUUAAAAAUUUAGGUAGCACUUAAAAUGUAGGCUAAAAAUUAAAAAUAUUUGAAGUAAUAGGAAACUUACUUAAUUCUGACUAACCAAACCAAACCAAACUAAGCCUUAAGUCCCAUCAAAUGAGGUUGGUUAUUGUCAUAAGGAAUCCGAGUAGCUUUUUUAUGUGUUGGCUGUCAGCUACCAAACACACAACCCUCCUCCUUUGCCCGAGUUUGGGACCGGCGGAGUUGUUAACCCCCCCGGUGGAGUUCUGACUAAAUUUAUAAAUACUUAUAAAUGAGUAUCAACAUACACCAUUAUAAUGUCACAAUCACCUCCAUUACCACUAUCGUCGCUGUCGUUGUCGCUAUUGCCGCCAUUACCACUAUCACUGUCUCCGCCUCCACCACUACUGCUGCCACCACCAUUCACCGCCCUUCCACGACCACCUCCUUUAUCACCGUUGUUAUUGUUACUAUAAACACCACUAUCAUUUCACUAC